AUGUUGGCGAAAGGAGAUGGGUGCUCUUCAGCAGUUUCAGGAGAGGACAUCUCCACAGCAGACAGGGACACAGUGUUAUCUCUGGCUGCCACAUUGCCCGUCUCACCAGACCUUGCCGCCUGCUAUAAAAAGCUGGGCUGCCCUCCCAUCUUCCUCAGAGUUUCUGUGGAUCAGCAAAUGGUUAUGGCAAACGAGUGGCUGCUGUGGCUGACCCUGUCUGCCAUCGUAGCUGCUUGGCACAGCGAGGCAAAGUCUGCUGUGAGCACCUUCUCCUCCCGGAUUCCGGAAAAACUAACAGGUGUGAGUCCCAUCCACAAUGGCCAGGUUUGCAGUACAUGGGGUAACUUCCACUUCAAGACCUUUGAUGGAGAUGUUUUCCAGUUGCACUCGACUUGCAACUACGUCUUGACCUCUUCAUGCAGGAGCAGUUACAACGACUUCAACAUCCAGAUAAGAAGACAGGAGGCUGGCAACCAUCACACCAUCAAAAACAUCAUUAUGAAGCUAGAGGGUUCAGUAGUGGAGCUCUCUGAGGGCUCAGUGGUUAUCGAUGGAAAACCAGCCACCCUACCAUUCAGUGAAGCAGGAGUGCUCAUUGAGAAAACCCCCACCUACAUCAAAAUUAAAGCAAAGCUGGGUUUAGUUGCUAUCUGGAAUGAGAAGGACGCUUUUAUGGUGGAACUAGACCUUAAGUACAAGAACCACACCUGCGGUCUUUGUGGAGACUUCAAUGGGGUCCAGCUCUAUGAUGAGUUCUACAGCCAUGGUGUAAAAAUAUCCCCCAUGGAUUUUGCUAAUUUCUGGAAAAUGGAUGGUCCAACUGAAAGCUGCUCCGACUACACGCUGGAAUCAACACAAAGCUGCAACAACAUGAAACCUCUGUGUGAGCAGAUCCUUACAGGGCCAGCCUUCAACAGCUGUCACAGUCUGCUGGACGUUGCCUCCUUUACUUCUGCCUGUGUUGCAGACCUCUGUAACUGUGACGUUGACCCCUUCUGCCUGUGCAACACUGUGUCAGAGUUCUCCAGACAGUGUGGACAUGCAGGUGGCAAACCCCAAAACUGGAGAACCAAAGAGCUCUGCUGGAAGUCAUGUCCCAACAAAAUGGAGUACAAGGAGUGUGGGAGUCCCUGUGCUGAUACCUGCUCCAACCCAGAGGCCAGCCACACCUGUGAUCACCACUGUAGUGAUGGAUGCUUCUGCCCUGCAGGCACUGUGCUGGAUGAUUUAAACGGAACGGGUUGUGUCCGAUUAAACGAGUGCUCCUGCCGCUACAACAGCAAGAUAUAUGGACCGGGGGAGUCCUACUCCAGUAACUGCAAAAAAUGUGUGUGUGCAAGUGGCCGGUGGACGUGUACGGAGGAGGACUGUCCAGGAACCUGCUCUGUGGAGGGAGGAGCCCACAUCGACACCUUUGAUGACAGAGUCUACACCUUCCAUGGGGACUGCUCCUAUGUGCUGGCUAAGGACUGCAGUGGAUCCCAGUUUGUGGUACAAGGAGAACUGGAGCAGUGUGGACUGACUGAGAAUGAGACCUGCCUCAAGUCUGUUACCUUGGGUUUGUCUGGAGGGGCUAAAGUGAUCCAAAUCCAGUCCAAUGGCAAGGUUUUUGUGAAUGGCAUCUACGCUCAGUUACCCUUCUCUGCUGCUGGGAUCUCCGCCUUCAGAGGGUCCUCUUACUACCUGCUGGUGCAAACAUCUGUUGGUGUUCUGUUGGAGGUGCAGCUCCAGCCAGUCAUGCAGCUCUACAUCAAAGUGACCAGUGACUACCAGGCCAAGACCUGUGGUCUGUGUGGGAACUUCAACGGUAACCAAGCUGAUGACUUUCUAAAGCUCAGUGGCGUUCCAGAUGCCACAGCACCUGGUUUUGUCAACAGCUGGAAGACACAUGCUGGUUGCCCUGAUGUUAAGAGCAACUUUCAGAACCCCUGCAGUCUUAGUCCGGAUAAUGAGAAGUACGCCCAGCACUGGUGCUCCAUGCUGAGUGACCCUCAGGGUGCGUUUGCCUCCUGUCACUCAGAGAUCAGCCCUGACUCGUACAAAGAGAACUGCAUGUAUGACAGCUGUAACUGUGAGAAAAGUGAGGACUGUAUGUGUGCUGCAGUCUCCUCCUAUGUCCAUGCCUGUGCAGCUGCAGGAAUCCAGCUCACUGGCUGGAGGGCCACCAUCUGUGGGAAAUAUGCUAGCUCGUGCCCCAGCAGCAUGGUCUACUCCUACAACAUCACGUCCAGCGGUCGCACCUGCCGCUGCAUCAGCACCACAGACCCCAGCUGUCACUUCUCUUUCCCGCCAAUCGACGGCUGUAUCUGUGCAGAGGGAACCUAUCUGGAUGACACUGGGAAGUGUGUCCCAUCUCAGGCUUGUCCUUGUUAUCACAAAGGCUCAGUGGUGCCUGCUGGACAGGUCGUCAACAAGGAUGGGGUCAUGUGCACCUGUGAGGAGGGCAAACUCAGCUGCAUUGGAGAGGUUACUAUACAGCCAACCUGUGCUCCUCCCAUGGUGGCCUUCAACUGCUCUGCUAAUGACCCCGUUGCAAAAGGAACUGAGUGUGAGAAGAGCUGCAACACAUUAGACAUGGCCUGUAUGGCCACAGAGUGUGUUUCCGGCUGUAUGUGUCCAUCUGGGACGGUGUCUGAUGGUAAAGGAGGCUGCAUUAAGCCAGAGGCCUGUCCUUGUGUUCACAAUGGUGUCUCCUACCAGCCUGGGGAGACCACCAAGGUGGACUGCAACACCUGUUUCGCUAAAGACGGGAAGUGGCUAAAAAUCUGCACUACCAACCAGUGUGAUGGAACCUGCUCCGUCUAUGGUGAUGGACACUACAUGACUUUUGAUCAGAAGCGCUUCACCUUUGAUGGCAACUGUGAAUACAUUCUCGCUCAGGACUACUGUGGCAGUGCUCAGAGUAAUGGAACCUUCAGAGUGCUCACUGAGAAUGUUCCCUGUGGAACCACAGGAACCACCUGCUCCAAGAGUAUCAAGAUCUUCCUGGGGAUUGCAGAACUGAUUCUAGCAGAGGGAAGCUACCAGCUGCUUUCAAGUGGAAAUGAAGAAACAGUUCCAUUCAGUUACAGCACCAUGGGCAUCUACCUCGUCAUUGAAGCCAACAAUGGACUCAUUUUCAUGUGGGACAGGAAGACCACCUUGUUCAUCAAGCUCAGCCCAAAAUAUAAGGGUCGUGUGUGUGGGCUGUGUGGCAACUAUGAUGACAAUGCAAAUAAUGACUUCACCACAAGGUCCCAUGCUGUGGUGGUCAACCCACUGGUGUUUGGGAACAGCUGGAAGGAUUCACCGAGCUGCCCCGAUGCUCACAGCCUCACCAGCCCCUGCACAGCCAACCCAUACAGACAGGCGUGGGCCCAGAAACAGUGCAGCAUUAUCCAGAGUGACGUCUUCUCUCCCUGCCACUCCAUUGUGGAUCCCGCUCCAUACUAUGAAGCAUGUGUAGCUGACUCCUGUGCUUGUGACACGGGUGGAGACUGCGAGUGUUUCUGCACCGCCGUGGCCGCCUAUGCUGAAUCCUGUAAUCAAGCUGGCGCCUGUAUACGAUGGAGAACCCCAAAGAUUUGUCCUAUCUUUUGUGAUUUCUACAAUCCCCCUGGUGAAUGUGAAUGGCACUACAUGCCAUGCGGAUCUCCGUGUAUGAAAACCUGCAGGAACCCCUCCGGCAGCUGCUCGCCACAGAUGCCUCCUCUAGAAGGUUGCUAUCCAAAAUGUCCUCCUGCUCAGCCAUACUUUGAUGAGGAUACAAUGACAUGUGUCUUAAAAGAACAAUGUGGCUGCUACGAUAAAGAGGGGAAACACUACAAUAAUAGUGAAAAAGUGCCAACAACUGAAAACUGUCAAACAUGUACAUGCAGUUCAAUGACUAUCCAAUGUCAGUAUGAUGCCCAAGCCUGUACUUGCACAUAUAAUGGAAACAAAUAUCCCCCUGGCAAUCUAAUUUAUAACACAACAGAUGGAUAUGGUAACUGCAUCACAGCGGUGUGUGGAAAUAAUGGUACCAUUGACCACAGUUCAUAUAGUUGCCCAGUAUCCACAACGACAACACCUGUGCACAUUGCAACCACUACUAUAGCCAGCCAGUCUACAACCACCUUUGUUUUUUCAUCAACCACACCAGAGCCACACACAGUCCCAGUCCCAUGUAAUCCUUGUGAUUGGUCGCCAUGGUAUGAUACCAGCUUCCCGACACUGGGAACUCCAGGAGGAGACAUGGAAACAUACGAAAAGAUUAGAGAGGAAGGGCACAAGAUAUGUACCAAGCCAAGCCAGAUCCAAUGCAGAGCCGAGAAAUUCCCUAAUGUCACCAUUGAAAAUGUGGGACAAGUGGUGGAAUGUAAUCUGGCUAAUGGGCUGACUUGCAGAAAUGAAGACCAGUCAGGACCACUGGCCUUGUGCUUUAACUACCAAGUCAGAGUUCUGUGUUGUGACUAUAGUGCAUGCCCAACAGAGCCUACUCCUUCUACAACACAUUCAAUACCUACAACGACUAAAGAUGUUACCAAAACACCUUGUCAGGAAACAUUAUGCAACUGGUCACAAUGGAUAAAUUCAGACCAUCCUGAAUACGGUAAUGGAGGUGGGGACAAUGAAACCAUCAAACACAUCAUCCAGAAAGGAUUUCAUAUCUGUGAGAAUCCAGUGGAGGUGGAAUGUCGGGCAAAGCAUUACCCGCAGACUCCCCUGAAUCAAUUGGGACAAAAAGUGACAUGUAAUAACCAAGGACUGCUGUGUGAGAACAGGUUACAGUAUCCUCCCAUAUGUUUCAAUUAUGAAAUAAAUGUAAAAUGUUGCAAGACAGUGAUCUGCAGCACAUCACCAAAACCUACUAUUUCUUCCACAACCACACCAACUAAACCACCUUCUACUACAACCGCCACACCCUCUACCACAACUGAAACAACAUCUCAGCCACCUACAACUACUAGUACAACCACUACACCUUCUACCACAGUUCCAACUACAACACCUUCAACCACGACAACACCUUCAACCACGACAACCACUACACCUUCUACCACAACCGAAACAACAACUCAGCCACCUACAACUACUAGUACAACCACUACACCAUCUACCACAACUGAGACAACAACAACAACUCAACCACCUACAACUACUAGUACAACCACUACACCUUCUACCACAACCGAGAAAACAACAACUCAGCCACCUACAACUACUAGUACAACCACUACACCUUCUACCACAGUUCCAACUACAACACCUUCAACUACGACAACCACUACACCUUCUACCACAACUGAAACAACAACUCAGCCACCUACAACUACUAGUACAACCACGACACCUUCUACCACAACCGAGACAACAACAAGUCAACCACGUACAGCUACUAGUACAACCACUACACCUUCUACCACAACCGAGACAACAACAACUCAGCCACGUACAGCUACUAGUACAACCACUACACCUUCUACAACAACUGAGACAACAACUACAACUCAGCCACCUACAACUAAUAGUACAACCACUACACCUUCUACCACAGUUCCAACUACAACACCUUCAACUCCCUCAACUAAAGUUGACCCCCCACAACCGAGAACAACAACAACUCAGCCACGUACAGCUACUAGUACAACCACUACACCUUCUACAACAACCGAGACAACAACUACAACUCAGCCACCUACAACUACUAGUACAACCACUACACCUUCUACCACAGUUCCAACUACAACACCUUCAACUCCCUCAACUAAAUUUGUAACUACAACAACUUCAACUACAACAACCACUACACCCUCUACCACAACUGAAACCACAACUCAGCUACCUACAACUACUACUACAACCACUACACCUUCUACCACAACUGAAACAACAUCUCAGCCACCUACAACUACUACCACAACCGCUACACCUUCUACCACAAUUCCAACUACAACACCUUCAACUACGACAUCCACUACACCUUCUACCACUACUGAAACAACAUCUCAAAAUUCCUCUCAACCAACGACUGCGCCAUCUACUACAGCUCAAAUUUGCCAUUGCCUUUAUAAUGGUAUCCAGUUCCCCCCUGACUCCAUAGUCUACAAAAUGCCGGACUAUGAUGGCUACUGUUACAUAGGAUGA